AUGUACCACCUAAGAAGCUACUGUGUUUUCAAAAGUUUUGUCUCUGUAAUUUAUCGAGAUCAGAGACCCACUCAUCUUUGGAAACAUGAAAAAACUGACAGUGGAGAGAAACCCUAUGAGUGUAAACAAUGUAGUAAAACAUUCAGUCAAGCUGGUCAUUUUCAUAUACAUGAACGAACUCACAGUGGAGAGAAACCCUAUGAAUGUAAACAAUGUAGUAAAACAUUCAGUUGUUCCAGUCAUCUUCAGAGACAUGAAAGAAUUCAUAGUGGAGAGAAACCCUAUGAGUGUAAACAAUGUAGUAAAACAUUCAGUCAAGCUGGUCAUUUUCAUAUACAUGAACGAACUCACAGUGGAGAGAAACCCUAUGAAUGUAAACAAUGUAGUAAAACAUUCAGUUGUUCCAGUCAUCUUCAGAGACAUGAAAGAAUUCAUAGUGGAGAGAAACCCUAUGAAUGUAAACAAUGUAAUAAAAUAUUCAGUGAUUCCUGUAGUCUUCAGAGACAUGAAAGAAUUCACAGUGGAGAGAAACCCUAUGAAUGUAAACAGUGUAGUAAAACAUUCAGUGAUUCCAGUCGUCGUCCGAGAUAUGAAAGAAUUCACAGUGGAGAGAAACCCUAUGAAUGUAAACAGUGUAGUAAAGCAUUCAGUUAUUCCAGUAGUCUUUGGCCACAUGAACGAAUUCACAAUGGAGAGAAACCCUAUGAAUGUAAACAAUGUAGUAAAACAUUCAGUUCUUCCAGUAGCCUUCGUGCACAUGAAAGAAUUCACAGUGGAGAGAAACCCUAUGAAUGUAAACUAUGUAGUAAAACAUUCAGUUAUGCCAGUAAUUUUUGGGCACAUGGAAGAACUCACAGUGGAGAGAAACCCUAUGAAUGCAAACAGUGUAGUAAAACAUUCAGUAAUUAUAGUAAUCUUCGGAGACAUGAAAGAAUUCACAGUGGAGAGAAACCCUAUGAAUGUAAACUAUGUAGUAAAACAUUCAGUUACUCCAGUAGUCUUUGGGCACAUGAAAGAAUUCACAGUGGAGAGAAACCCUAUGAAUGUAAACAAUGUAGUAAAACAUUCGGGCAUUCCAGUUAUCUUCGGAGACAUGAAAGAAUUCACAGUGGAGAGAAACCCUAUGAAUGUAAACUGUGUAGUAAAACAUACAGUUCUUCCCGUAGUCUUUGGGCACAUGAAAGAAUUCACAGUGGAGAGAAACCCUAUGAAUGUAAACAAUGUCGUAAAACAUUUGGGCAUUCCAGUCAUCUUCGCAGACAUGAACGAAUUCACAGGGGAGAGAAACCCUAUGAAUGUAAACAAUGUAAUAAAACAUUCCGUUAUUCCAGUAAUCUUCGGGCACAUGAAAGUAUUCACAGUGGAGAGAAACCCUAUGAAUGUAACCAAUGUAGUAAAACAUUCAGUUCUUCCAGUGGUCUUCGGGCACAUGAAAGAAUUCACAGUGGAGAGAAACCCUAUGAAUGCAAACUGUGUAGUAAAACAUUCAGUUUUUCCAGUAGUCUUUGGGCACAUGAAAGAACUCACAGUGGAGAGAAACCCUAUGAAUGCAAACUGUGUAGUAAAACAUUCAGUAAUUGCAGUAGUCUUCGGAGACAUGAAACAAUUCACAGUGGAGAGAAACCCUAUGAAUGUAAACUGUAUAGUAAAACAGGCAAUCCAGUAGUCUUCGGGCACAUGAAAGAAUUCACAGUGGAGAGAAGCCCUAUGAAUGUAAACAAUGUAGUAAAACACAGUUAUGCCAGUAAUCUUUGGGCACAUGAAAGAAUUCACAGUGGAGAGAAACCCUAUGAAUGUAAACAAUGUAGUAAAACAUUCGGGCAUUCCAGUCAUCUUCGGAGACAAAGAAUUCACAGGAGAGAAACCCUAUGAAUAUAAACAAUAUAGUAAAACAUUCCAGCAGUCUGCUGGUCUUCAGAGGCAUGAAAGAAUUCACAGUGAAGAGAAACCCUAUGAAUGCAAACAGUAGUAAAACAUUCAGUGAUUCCAGUUGUUGUCGGAGACAUGAAAGAAUUCAUAGUGGAACGAAACCCUAUGAAUGUAAACAAUGUAGUAAAAUAUUCAGUGAUUCUAGUACUCUUCGGGCACAUGAAAGAAUUCACAGUGGAGAGAAACCCUAUGAAUAUAAACAGUGUAGUAAAACAUUCCAGCAGUCUGGUGGUUUUCAGAGACGUGAAAGAAUUAAGUGGAGAGAAACCCUAUGAAUGCAGUGUAGUAAAACAUUCAGUUGCAGUAGUCUUCAGUAACAAUAACAUAAAACGUAUAAUAAAAAUGGAAAACAAAGGCAACAAAAGGGAAAAUAAAAAAUAAAAACAAAAAUAUAAUGAGGAAAAAGAUACUAACACCUUUAUUUUGGUUCAACACUCAUGUUGUUUUCCCUUUUGCAGUUAGGGAGCAGCGGCUUGAAUUUGGUUACUUUUGCAUGGUAACAUGUGCACUGCACUAAACCCUAUCACCAAGUACCCCUUGAAAAAAAAUUUUAAUAUAUGGUAAGGUUUUGCAUCAUCUAAGCUAGACCAAAAAAAAAAAAGAAAAGGAAUGUUGGGAGUCAGGCUGUAGUGCAGGUGGCACAAAGCACAAGGACCUGUGGCUGAGAAAGCUGUGGUAUAUACACACAAUGGAAUACUAUGCAGCUGUUACGAACAAUGAACCCACCUUUCAGACCCAUCUUGGACAAAACUAGAAGGAAUUAUGUUAUUUGAGCUAAGUCGGAACGAUAAAGAUGAGUAUGGGACGAUCCCACUCAUCAAAAGAAGUUGAGAAAGAAGAUCAGAAAGGGAAAGUAAAAGCAGGAUAUGACUAAAUAUAGAAUAGGACAGUGACAUAAAAACUCUGGUGAGUUGGAGGGUGGACAUUUGGCUUCCCAGGGCGGCAGGGGAGGGCUUGCAAGGGUGUGGGGGUGUAAUGGGACACAGUGUUGGUGGUGGGAAUGGUGUUUAUGUACACUCCUAUUAAAGUAUAGUCAUAUAAAUCACUAAUAUGAGGGGGGAAAUUGAUUGUAUGUCUCAAAGUUUUUAAAACACAGACUGAGAUGUUUGAAUACAUAGUCUGAGUCUUUGAUAUGCGGACUUUCUCAAAAGCCUACACCAGGUAGAACAGAAGCAACCGGUAGCAGAGCUAUAUAUGAGAUACUGGGUAUUAAAGAGCAAACCCUAACAAAGGGACUUUUCAAUGUUAACCCAAUUAUCAAAUAAUGUGACGAUAACAAUAACUAUCCAUUGUCUUCUUGAACCCUAAGAGACUCUAAGCCCCUGGCUCCCCACCUGCAGGGGGAUUUCUUCAAAGCA